AUGUUUGCGGAUGAACGGACUGCCGAUAAAGUGAGAGUAACAUACACAAGAAUGCGUGAAGUAAUCAGUAUCAAGGAUAAGGAAGGAAGGAAAAUUCAACAAAAAGUGGGGUAUGAAUGGAAACCGAAAUUUUGUGAUAGGUGUCAAAAGAUUGGUCAUAGGUGCAACAAAGAAAGGAAACCUAUGGCCAAGCAAUGGAGGCUGAAACCUGAUCAAUAG